CGCGCGCGCCCGCAGGUCUUCGCGUCCAUCGCGCGCAUCGACGACAAGCAGAUCGACGCGACGGUCGACAAGAUGGAGCAGGAGCCCGCGGACAUCCUCCUCAAGUACGUCUACCGCGGCCUCGAGGAGCCGACGGACAACAACGCGUCGCUCUUCAAAUGGCAGGCGAAGAUCCUCGACAAGUUCGGCAUCGGCUCCGUCGUCCGCGUCCUCACGGACAGGAAGACGGUG